AGUGUCCGCACUGUUCGCGCUGCUCUGCUCAACAACACUCGCUGACCCGCAGGUCGAUUACUCGCGGCCAGCGCCGGUGGACGGCCGGGGCGACAACUUCGGCUAUGGCUUCUACCAGACCCGCGACGGCCAGACGGACGUAGAGCCACGGCCGCCGGGCGCCGCGCAGAAGUGUGGCGCCGGCGGCUGCGGCGCCGGUGGCUGCAAAUGCGUCGGCGAAAAGGGCAGCAGGGGCGCCCCUGGCUCCCAGGGACCGGCUGGCGUCAAAGGCCAGCAGGGCUUCCCCGGCAUGGAGGGCCUGCCCGGACCGAAGGGCCUGAAGGGCGACGGCGGUCCGCAGGGGCCCAGAGGCCUGGUCGGAGACCGGGGCAAGAUGGGCAUGCCGGGCUUCCCCGGCAUCAACGGUAUCCCGGGCCUGCCGGGUCCCGCCGGACCGCGCGGGUUCCCCGGACUGGACGGCUGCAACGGCACUGACGGAUCUCCCGGCGCACCGGGCACCGCCGGCCCGAUCGGCCCGCCCGGCUUCCCUGGUAUACCGGGCACCAAAGGUCAGAAGGGCGAGGGCGCCCUGCCGCUGCCCUUCAGCCGCGGCCAGAAGGGCGAGCCCGGCCGGGACGGCACGCGAGGCGUACCUGGCCAGCCGGGUCCCAUCGGCCCGUUCGGCGACAAGGGCGAGGUUGGCCCGCGCGGACCCGCGGGCGUGCCAGGCCGGUCCGGCCUGCAGGGCCUGAAGGGUGAGAUGGGCAUCGGCAUCAUAGGCUCGCGCGGCCAGAAGGGCGAGCGCGGCCCCGCCCGGGCCGGCGCGGCCCGGGCCCAACGGUGA